AUGGUCCCCGGUUGGAUGAAAGAUAGUGGGAGUAUGAAUGGCGGAUCCCUACAGUCAAAAUACGUCCCUGCUUGUAAGAACUCAUCAUCCACUACCGCAUUCUAUCUCUUAUCUGCUUUACAGGUCCUACGUACCUUCUCAAAGCCGUACAAGGUUUCCCAAAAUGAACCUCAGAAUAACAAUCCUACGUACCCCACCUGCACAAUGUCGCCCGCUGUUGAAGCUCUAAUUGGCGCCGCACUGCGUACGCUCCUCAAUAUCAACGGUCUUUCAACUGUAAGAGUCAUUUGGUUACGAGAUUUACAGCAUAACUGGGAUGACGCUGGGGAAUACCCAGUGGCUCUGAUGGAGGGCACUGGAAACUCCUUCGCCGGCGUGGCAUUUCAUUGCUAUGCUGGAGCUGUUUCUAACCAAGACUCCUUUCACAACUCCUUCCCAGCCAAGGAAAUCUAUUUCUCAGAGUGCGCCGGAACAAUAGGGUCUGAUUGGUGGAGUGAUAUCAAGGUGCCCCUAUUAGUUUCUCUUGCCGUUGUGUCUGAACAUGUUCUUUCAAGUGGUACAUGGAUAAUGUUUGGAUUGGGAGUCUCAAACAUAACGCGAAAUCCAUCCGUUCCCCAUCUUUUGCGUUCUAAAAGAUGGGCUAGCAACGUUGAACAGGGUUUGAGGUGGAAUAUCGCUGCCGAUGCCAACGGAAAUCCGAAGCUGCCUGGUACAAAUAGUUGCGGCGGUGCGGGGUGCCACCCUCUCGUCACAGUGAACGGCGACGGAAGCUACACUUUGGAUCAGGAGUGUGAUAUUGUCUCUUUUUUAUAUAUCCCAGACAAAAUCUAA